AUUUAAUGAAUGACUCUCGCCCUCUUUGUAAGUAUGGCGCUGGGUGUUAUCAGAAGAAUCCUUUGCACAAAGCCAAGUAUAAACAUCCAGAAGUGACUAAAAUGUUGCCCACCAAGGAAUUUCAGCCUAUAGUAGAAACUCAGUCAAAUGCUGAUCCAGGUUCUGUGGAUGACCCUUCUACAUCAAGAGACAGAGCGAGUCAAGAGGAAGAUGUGGGUCCACCUAGGAAGAAGAUUAAGACCAACACUAACAAGACAAAUGCUUCUUCAGCUCAAAUGAAAAGGUUUGCUCAUCGACUUCAACAUUGUUCUAUGUAUAGAAUCUUCCUCAACAAGAUUUUCUCGCUGGAAGCCACCCGGCAUGAUAACAAUGCUCUUGUAUUCCCGGACCUCCUGAGCCCUUCUUUGGGAGAACUCAUUGAAACUGCCCAGUUCAACUUUCUGGUUGACUUGGAGUAUCUUCACCAAAAUUAUGAUGGCUGCGGUGUAGCAAACUUGCCGCUCCUUCUUGUCUAUGGAGAGAUGGAGGGAUGCCAAGCACUCUUCCCAAAUGCUACUUACAAAAAGGUUGUAAUGCCGUACCUGUACGGAACUCAUCACACCAAGAUGAUGUUGCUGCACUACACCACAGGCCUGCGGGUGGUGGUGCACACGGCCAACCUGCGCCCUGACGACUGGUAUGAGAAGACUCAAGGCUUCUGGGUCUCUCCACUAUUCCCUAAACUACAAAAAGAGGAUGCAUGUGAAGGAGAUUCCUGCACUCGCUUCCGUGCGGACCUGCUAGCCUACCUUCGGUGCUAUAAACUGACGGACGUGAACCGCUGGUGCGACCUGCUGCUUCAGCACGACUUCUCCUCCUGCACGUUUGCUCAUCGACUUCAACAUUGUUCUAUGUAUAGAAUCUUCCUCAACAAGAUUUUCUCGCUGGAAGCCACCCGGCAUGAUAACAAUGCUCUUGUAUUCCCGGACCUCCUGAGCCCUUCUUUGGGAGAACUCAUUGAAACUGCCCAGCUACCACAAACAGGUGCCACUAACAGCUGUCGUGUACAGGUGCGUGUGGUGUACCCCAGUGAGGAGGACGUACAGCACAGCACUCAGGGCUGGGGGGGCGGGUCGUGUCUGCCCUACAGCAGCAGCACUCACAGCAGGCAGCCCUGGCUACAGCCACAUCUCUGCCGUUGGAGGAGCUCCCCCUUCGGGCGUACAGCAGCCAUGCCGCACAUCAAGACCUACUGCCGCUACAACGACGCCCUACACACGGCGCAGUACCUCCUCCUGACCUCAGCUAACCUGAGCAAGGCGGCGUGGGGGGCGCUGCAGAAGCAGGGCUCGCAGCUCUUCAUCCGCAGCUACGAGGCGGGAGUCCUGCUACUGCCGCACUAUCUGGCCGGCGAGGACUCCUUCAGUCUAGCGGGCGACCCGCGCGCCACGACGCUGCCGCUGCCCUACGACCUGCCCCUCGUGCCCUACAGCGCCUCCUGCGUUCCGUGGCUCAGCGACACCAGAAAGACCGUAAAGGACGUCCUGGGACGCGCCUACCGCGUGUGACCUGCCAGGGCCGCCCCUACUGGGGGUGGGGUGUACUUGGGGCGUGUUAACUGGUAGUAAGAGGAGUAUUUUGGGGGUUUGAGGCGUGUUAAUUGGAAGUUGCGGUUGGUGAGGUCUAUACUGGGGAUGGAUUGUGUUUAAUUGGGGUGUGUGCAUUUUGGGUAGAGGGCGUGUUUACUUAAUGGCUGAAGUGUACUUUAGAUAUGGGGCGUGUUAAUGUGGGGGAGUACCUAUGUACUUGAUAAUGUAAUGUAUACUUGGAGUAUGGAGUGUUUCAACUAAAGCAUGUAAUGUGGACAUGGUGUGUAGCGCUUGGCACGUGUGUGAUGUGUGAUGCUUGGUAUCUUUAUAAAUAAACGGCACGUUUUGUGCGUGUUUUUUUUAAACAAUUGUGUUUUAGUUUGAGGAUGAUACAUUCCAGCCCAGUGGUUAAUAUCACAAUGCGUUCAAACGUGCGAAUGAUGUGAAGGAACUCGCUCAUAUAGCAGCUUCUUGUUGUGGUGUUUAGAAAUUCUGGAAGCUUUAUUGAUUGUUUUCUUUUUGCUUCUGAAACACAUCAUGUUUUUAGAUAAAUUCGCAACUCAAUUAGUCUGUGAUUCACCUCCAUGUAUCUUGUCGAACAAAUAAACGUGAAACCGA